CACCGUUACUGCCAAUCAUUGUUAGAAAAUGGCCUGUUUUUUCUGGUAAACUGUGAAACCGAAGCUUCUGUAACACUUCUGCGUGUUUUUAUUAGAUGCGUCUCGUCGUGUCAUGAGUGUGGCUGUGGAAUUUUCACAUUCCAAAAACCGUGAGACUAUGGAGAGCCUGGAGAAGCAGCUGAUCUGUCCGAUAUGCCUGGAGAUGUUUACAAAGCCGGUGGUGAUCCUACCGUGCCAACACAACCUUUGCCGGAAAUGUGCCAACGAUAUAUUUCAGGCUUCCAACCCUUACUUGCCAACCCGAGGUGGCUCCACUGUGAGUUCUGGCGGGCGGUUCCGCUGCCCGUCCUGCAGGCAUGAGGUGGUUCUAGAUCGGCACGGUGUAUACGGACUGCAACGGAACCUGUUAGUUGAGAACAUCAUCGAUAUGUACAAACAGGAGUCUAUCAGUACAAGCAAUAAGGCAGAACCACAGCAGAAGCCAGACGAGUUGAUGUGUGAGGUACAUGAGGAUGAAAAGAUUAAUAUCUACUGCGUGACCUGUUCUGUUCCCACCUGCUCCCUAUGUAAGGUGUUUGGGGCUCAUCAGGGUUGUGAAGUUGCACCACUCAGUACUGUCUAUGAGUGCCAAAAAACAGAACUGUCGGAGGGUGUUGCAAUGCUAGUGGGAAACAAUGACCGAAUUCAGGCCAUCAUUAGCCUGAUGGAGGAAAGCUGCAGAACUGUGGAGGAGAAUGGGCGCAGGCAAAAGUCCUCUGUGUGCGAGUCCUUUGACCACCUUUACGCAUUGCUAGAAGAGAGAAAAGGAGAGCUGGCUCUGAAAAUCAGCUCUGAACAGCAGGAGAAAGUUGACUACAUCAAGGGGCUGCAACACAGGUACACGGAGCAUCUGGACAAAAGUGCCAAGCUGGUAGAAACAGGGAUUCAGAUCAUGGAGGAACCAGAAAUGGCUGUAUUUCUACAGAACACAAAGACUCUACUACAACAGAUAACAGAGAGCAAAAACACCUCUCAUUUGGAGAAACUGGAAAAUGGAUAUGAAAACCUGGAUCACUUUACUGUCAACUUCCAGCAUGAGAGGACAGCCAUCUCUAACAUCGACUUCACAGGAGAUGAUGGUGAAACCAGUGAUGAUGAGGAGGAUCAUGAUGAUAAAGAGAAUGUGUCCUUUAGUACAAAACAGAGCUCUCCCUUGACUCCAAACUGCCCACCAGCUGUAGGCAACACAUCUGUGCAGACUCCAGCUCCAAGCCCUGCCCAAACCCCAACCUCUAAUCCAGCUCCAGCACCAUCUACAUCCAGUCCAGGUCCAGCCCAUACAGCAGCCACCAGUAUGGUGCAGAGCACAUCGUCAGAUACAUCCAUACCUAACACAGCCCACAGCAGUUCAACAAAUACGACCACAGAGGACUCCAUCAACCCCACAGCAAGAAGUGACACUCAAAGCCCUGAUGACGGAUCCCAGCGCCACGUUUUUUCAUUUUCAUGGCUCAAUUCGCACAAGUAACUCCAUUAUUCCAACCUUUUCAAGGUUUAUAUUUGUUUAUGGUCAAAUCAAGAGAGAUGUCUUUUUGUAAAAUGUGUAAAAUGCCAAAUUGUUUGCACACAAAGAUGUGUGUGAAUAAUAAUAAAUCGCCAAAGAGUAACUCAUACACAUUGUACAACUUUGGGUUUGUUUUAACACUGUAUGGCCUUAAUCCAUAUCAAUGUCGGAAUACACUGUCCAAAAAUCUCAUGGUCAGGUAUUCACAUAAUUUUAGUUAUAUAGUGUAUGUAAUAUAGUAUAGUUUUAUGUAAAUGUAAUGACAAAUCUCAAGCUGCAUUAAAAAUCACUAUGUAUGAA